UAGUUCGAAUCCUCCGGGGUUAACAGAUCGGCCCACAUCGGAUUUCGACGGGCAAGCCCGGAUAUACUAGGCUCGGGCAUAAUAAGCCUGCGCCGCAAGCCAAUAGCAGCGCUGCAAUCCUUGCCUCUGGUGAGCAGUACAACGGCGUUAACAAGCUCACCCUGAUCCCAUUGGCUGUGGCGACCGAAGUACCGGAACGGGAUGUAAUGUAACCUCUUGGCUGGCCCAGUCCGAGUUGAUGUCUAUAUGACAAGUCCGAGCAGCCAUUCUCCAGUAUAAAUAAAACCUCCAACGUCUCACACCCACAAGAUUCCAGUCUUGCACUCUAAUUAGCAAAGCAAGAAACCAUCAUCUCCAUCACAUCCAACAAGCAAGCAACAACUAGAAACACCUCGUCCACCCUCACACACUCUCUCCCGACCAACCCAAUAAGAAACUCACACAACACCCCAAAAAUGGCGACAGCACAAGAAGCCACGCAGGGCAAGAGCGCCAGCGGCGCGCCGCACCUGUCGCAGGCGCACGGCAUCCCGUUCCCUAAGUACUUCGCAGCACUAGCAGCGACGUACAACGCUCAGACGGGCGACACGACGCGCAGCUUGUUCGCAGCCGCGCUGGACGACAUCACCGCCCAGGUGCCGCUCACAUCAACGUCGCGGGUGCACGACAACGCGGCGGGCCCGGGCACGGCGGCGUCGGUGCUGGUCGACCGGCUUACCCCGGAUUCUCUGCCCAAUAUCCUCGUGACGGACCGGGUGGCGGCCAUGGUCUCGGCUGCGCGCGAGUCGUUCGCGCACGUGCCUUCGGUAACCGCGGCCGAGAUGGACAGCCUCGCGCUGAGCGGGGUCGUGGAUAGCUCGGUGACGCACAGCAUCCUCAACUUCAGCAUCUUCGCGAUAUCGGACCCGCUGCGGUGCGUGCGCGAGGUGCGGCGGACGCUGGCGGGCGGCGGCGGCGGCGUCGCGGCGCUGCUGACCUGGCGCCGCUUUGGUGCGGGCGAGAUCGUGCGCGCAGCGCAGGCGCUCGUGCGGCCGGACUUGCCGCCGAUGGCGUAUCCGCAUCCAGAGUUCUGGCAGCCCGGCGUUCUGGCGGCGCUGGCGGUCGAGGCCGGGUUCGACGAGGCGAACGUCACGGUGCUGGAGAAGAGCGUCGUGGUCGGGCCCGGGCCGCAGCUGGACGGCCUACGCGGGUUCUGGGCGAGCGACUUUGUCAAGCCCGCCAGGGUCGGCUGGACUGAUGAGGAAGUGGCCCGGUGGCCGGCGGCCGUCGAGCAGGCCGUCCAGGCCGAGAUUGACGCUCGCGGCGGUGUCUUGUUUCAGGCGUAUGUGGUGUUGGCGAGGACGUAAACGAGACGGCAUCUCAUACGGGAAACGAAGAGGACGGUAAUUAGACAGUAGAUUAGACUAUUGGGUUUAGCUAGGAAUUGAACAUACUUUCAUCCUUCA